UGGAAUAAGAUGUUUUAAAAUGUGCUGCUAGUCUGUGUUGCUAAUGGCAUGGCACCACGGACUGGGAGAGUUAAGGACGAUGUAGGUGUAUUGUGCCUUAUGGUUCUGGGGGCUCAAGGUGCAGCGACUGAACCUGGUGAUGUCCUCCUUGCUGGCACGGUCCUGGGGUGGCACAGAGAAGUUAAACAGCUUGGAGGACGCCUCACAGCUGUCAAGCGGAGGAGUGUAUUGAGCUGGAGUUGUGAACGCCCACCCUUUGGCUGCGGAACCCGUGCCAGUCUGCGGAAAACCAAGCCACCGGCCCUGGCACGCCUGGACUCUGAGUCCGGUAGCGGCGAUGUGCGCAGCUGACGGGAGUCUGGUCUUGCAGCAGACAUCUCUUCUCCCCAGGGUGUAGGGCAAUAAAGGCAGACCUGACAAUCCUACAGCAAGAAGAAGGGGCUCCGGCGCGGGCUCCGGCGCACGCUCCGCCGCAGGGGGGCGCCCCUGGCCGGCCGCUGCUAGGCUAUCAGUCCCGCCACAGGGCCCAUAGCCUGCGAGAAGAUGUCGCUGUCCAGAGGGGAGCGCCCUGCGGGUCCAGGGACCCGCCUGUCCUGGCUGCUAUGCUGCAGCGCCCUGCUGUCCCCGGCCGCCGGCUACGUGAUCGUGAGCUCCGUGUCCUGGGCUGUCACCAACGAGGUAGAAGAGGAGCUGGACAGCGCGUCCACCGAGGAGGCACUGCCGGCGCUGCUGGAGGACUCGGGCAGCAUCUGGCAGCAGAGCUUCCCGGCCUCGGCACACAAGGAGGACACGCACCUGCGGCCUCGGGGCUCCGCCCGCUCCAGGCCCGCACCGACCCCGCGUGGAAUGUUCUCCUACCGGCGGGAGAGCGGUUCAUCUGCAGCAUCCCCUGGCCCGAGGGUGAGUGCCGGCACCGCCCGCUCCCUGGUCCACGCCAGUUCCUGGGGCUGUCUGGCCACCACGUCCACCCAAGAAAAGAUCCAAGGACUGCCCUUUGGGAGCUGCCUGGCCAUUAGCGAUGGCCCUGUCCACAACAGCACGGGGACUCCCUUCUUCUACAUGACAGCCAAGGACCCAGUGGUGGCUGACCUGGUGAAGAACCCCAUCGCCUCGUUGAUGCUGCCGGAAUCUGAAGGAGACUUUUGCAGAAAAAACAUCGUCGACCCAGAAGACCCUCGAUGUGCCCGGUUAACACUUACUGGCCGGAUGAUCACAGUACUGCCAGGAGAGUUAGAGUUUGCCAAGCAAGCCAUGUUUUCAAGGCAUCCAGAAAGGAGCCCAGCAUGAGACCGGCGAACAUGACUGUAAGUGGAUAAUGACAGAUUCUUCUGGUGAGGAAGCAGCCAUAGCUUGACCUAAGUCAAUAUUAAAUUGGGGAAACUGGGUAAAAUGAACAUGGGACCUCUUUGUAUGACUUCUUAAAACCGCAUCUGAAUCUUAAUUAUCUACACCUAUCUCAGCAUCUGCAGCUGCCUCAAAGGGAGAAUUUAAUGGAAAACUUGCUGAAAUCAAUUCUUUAUGCCAUCUCGCCUGAGUCCCUAACAGAAUGAAGAACAUAGCAAAGAGCGACACAUCAACACCUAGCAGAAAGGAGACAUGUCUUCUGUUAAUCACUGAUAUACAUGUUUGUGAGAGCAGUGUAACCCUUCUUUUAAAAGCUCUUAAAUGUAUUUAAUUUAGUGCUGAACAGAAAUUACUAAGAACCUGACGGGGCUGGGGUGGAGCCCAAUGGAGCACUUCUAUAGCAUGAAGCACUGGGAGUGACUCCAAGCAUCAUGAAAAAGAAGAAUUGGAUGAAUGUGCUGUCCAGAUUUUCUGUGGGACAUUUACGAGAGAUGAAUGUCUUCAAGUUUCUAAUAUAUACUUGUUGAAUAAGUGUGGUAAGUAACUGAGUUUGUAAAUAGGUUUUCUCGCCAUCUUAUCAGCAACCAUUUUCUAAUUACCAAGAGGGGCUGGUCUUUGCUUUCUCCUAAUGAGACAUCUAAAGUAAAUCAAGACCCCUAUAUGUUUGUCAUGGCCUCCAAUGACCACGGAGCUGGCGCGUUGUGAAAUUCCGUUGCCGUUGAUGCCCACACGGUGCAUAUUGACUCUUGGGGACUAUGUUGUUUUAGGGUUGAAAUGUGUUCCUGAAAUUGUUUCCCAAAGCCUUGUGUUUCAUCUUCAAUAACAUAGCUGUCACCAGUGAUGUAUUUAUUAAUGGUAAAAUUCUCUAGAAUACCUUAUUGAUGUUUGUUUGAUUGCAAUAGCGGGUUGCUUGUGGGAAAACUUCAUUACGACAAUUAUAGUUUGCCUGUCUUGUGUAAGGCAUGUGGAGUGCAGUCUGUCUUCACACUAGGUAUGUCUGACUGUUUGGUCAAAGACUGUUUCAUUCCCAAUACAGUUUCUGUGCUUGCCUGUGCUAUCCUAACUGUGUCGGGAUAUUUGUGCAUAGUCUUUUACAUGAACUGUUAUAAAUUAACAUUAUUAGAUUCCUAAGAAAACAGAGGCUACUACAAUGCAGCCGCUGAAGACUGUCCAGCAGAAAGGAACAAGCAGGCGACUUUUGUUAGGACCUUUUUUCUGCUGAGACUGAGCUUGCUGUCUUGCCCAGGCCAGUCUUGAACCCCUAGGCUCAAGCAGUCCCCCAGUGAGCUGGAACUCUCAUGGCUUGCCAUGGAUCCUGGCUGCUAUGACUUCACAAGACUCUGAGUUACAUGAACUUCAUUUGCUGACUUAGAGGUACCACUGUAAAUACUCUUUGAGGACCCAUCCCUAACAGAGGAGCUGUGGGCAAUUGACUGCCAUUCUUCUUUAGGGGCAUGGGCCACCGGUUGCACCCACAAACGUGAACAUACGGGUAGCACUACGUGGGUUUAGGGAGCUUUUCUUUUAACUAAACAAAGAGAAGAGGGCAUGGAAUUGAGAGGUGGUCUUGGGGGAG